GGGCACAUCAGACCACUCAACAAAAACACGAAUUUAGAGAACGCCGCUGUCUUGUCUGCAAGGUGACAGACAGGAGGAGCAAUUGCAUUGUGCUCCCGUCGUCUGACCGCUCGAUUUGCAGACUCGAUUUUGUUCUCGCGGCCCCCGCGCAGUCCCUCUCUCGGAGCGUUCGCGGCCGCUUAGGUGAAAAUGGCGCCGUCCUUCAUCUCUAUGCUCAUGGGCGCCGAUAAGCGACCCAGUCCGGCCGCAACUGCGCCGGCACAACCGUCGGGUGUGACACUUCCGCACUUGGUGCGGGGCCGCUCGGCUCGCGCCGAUGGGCUGCAGUUCGGCCUGCCUAUGGGUGGUUUCCAGCGCACGCCCUUCGGAAACCCACAGGCCGCAGUAAGCACACAGGAUAGCACUACGACACCUUGGAAUGACCGGCAAAAGGUGCAGGAUUUCUUCCGGCAUACAGACAACCAAGAUGAUAGCAACCAUAGCGUCAAUGUCGCCGAGGAUGAGAAGGCGGCGCAGAACGAUAACAAGGGGAUCGACGUUCGGGAUCUCGUAUCCAAAAGUACCCCCGAUAGUCGGGACUCGUCCACGACGUCGUCUACGUCUUCCGACGACCAGCAGGACGAGCUACGCGGCGCAGUACAAGGCCGCGGGCGAUUACAGAGCGCGUUGGAGGAGCUGCUAGCCAGACAACAGGCAGAGGAACAGGGCCAGACCGAUGAGGAACCCGUGCAGAGGACCCCACUUAAGAAAAAGGAGCGUAGGAGAUACGAUUCCUUCGAUAUCAUGGCCGACGUGCGUCUCGAAGACGAAGACCAAAUGGACGAUCUUGACUCUGUGUACUCCACACCUGCACGGUCAAGAAAUAACAGCGAAGAUUUCUUUGGCGGAGGAUUACUAGACAUGCUCUCGCAACGACAUAUGCCCGCUGGUGUGGACCGACAUGCCAGUGUAGCAGAUAUGCUGGCCAACCGCAUGCUCCCUACGCCGAACGAAGACGUAGAUGAGGAGGAGCACGUCCCAGUAGCAAGACCAGACGAGAUCGCUCGAGUAAGACUCGAGCCUGUCGUACAGAAAAGUCCCGCUAUGGAUCGGAGCAACAUGUUGGCCGAGAUGCUGGCGAAGCGAUCGGCUACGUCAACGGAUAGCGAUAGUCCGAUGGAGGCUCCCGCAAACAAGACUAACGCACUAGAGGCCAUGCUGGCGAAGCGGUCUACCCCUCCUGCUCCAGUUUCGAGUGAGGAGACCACCAAGACACCCAAGGUUAAUCCGUUGGAGUCUAUGCUCGCAAGGAGAACUGCACCGUCACCACCACCUCCAGUGGCAAUGGAGGAAUCUGGAGCUGCACACCCAUUGGCUGCGAUGUUGAAGCAGCGUCAAGUGACCCAAGCACCAGCCGAGACAGUGUCCCCAGCGCCAGCAUCUGCUGAUAACAGCAGCUCUCAAAAGGACCAGACCCCUCUGAAGGACCAUCCGACAUAUGAAAAGUACUUCAAGAUGCUCAAAGUUGGGCUGCCAGCUCCUGUUGUAAAGCACAAAAUGCAGAGCGAGAAUGUGGACCCAUCUAUCUUGGAUAUGGACCCGAACAAGCCUCUACCUGAGACUCCUGCUCCCGCCUUAGACGACGAAGCUGAGGCGGCAUAUCAGGCACAAGUGAAGGAAUAUGAAGCCAAGCAUGGCAAGUACUUGCAGAUGGUGAAGGUGGGUUUACCUCCUGCAGUUGUGGAGCACAAGAUGCGGAUGGAUGGAGUGGAUCCUACCUGGUUACAGGGGCCCCCGAAGCGACCGGAACCGAAGCCUGCAGCAGCGUCCGAAGUCACAGAAGAGGAGAGAAUUGCUCACCGCAAGAAAUACCACAAGUAUUUCCAAAUGCUUCGCUUAGGUUUGCCUCGUGGUGCUGUGGAACAAAAGAUGCGGAUGGCUGGACUGGAUCCGGCUGAAUUGAACGGUCCUCGUCGAGCAGCGGUACCUGCUGAGCAGCCCAAGAAGGCGUUGAAACGUAAGGAUUCGAUCCGUAAGAAGCUCCACUGGGAAGGGAAAAGGACCCGUGCACGUCGUGACAGUCUUUGGGGUGGUGACGCUGUGGACGAGGCGAAGGAGCAGGUUCAGAUCUCCGAAGAGAGUCGCGCGAUGCUCGAAAAAUUGUUUGUUAAGGACCUAACAGAGAGCAAGAAGCGCAAUGCCACUACCAAGUCUGAAGGGGCUACUGCAGCUAAGAAGAAGAAGGCGAUGGUGCAGCUUAUUGACAUGAAGAAGUCCCAGAACAUCGCUAUUACUCUGGCGCGUGUCAAGCUGUCGUUCCCGGAGCUGAAGAGCGAAAUUUUGGCCAUGAACUCGACGGUACUUUCACCUUCUCAAGUUCGGUCGCUCAUGGAUAUGUGGCCUGACAGGAAGGAGAUGGAGGCCGUCAACGCCUUCAAAGGCGACAUGGCAAGUAUCGGCACUGCCGAGCAGUUUCUUGUGGAAGUACGCAACGUGCCUCGCUUCCAAGAGAAACUGGGAUGUCUAGUUUUCAAGCAGGAAUUCCCCUCGCGAGUGCAAGAGCUCCGCGAGUCAUUGGGCCUCGUGACACGAGGAGUGUACCAGGUGUGCUCAAGCGCUGAACUACGCCAAUUAUUUAUUUAUAUUUUGCAGAUUGGCAAUCUGCUCAACUUCGGCGGCGACGACGAACAGCAAGGCGUCGACGCCUUCUCGUUGGGCUCAUUGGUCAAGUUUUCGCAAACGAAGGCAUUUGUGGGCGGCAUCACAUUUUUGCAGUACGUGGUGCAGUCAAUUGAGCGAGAUGUGCCGCAUCUUGCGCACUUUUACAAGGACAUCGACCUGAUUUCCAAGUGCAGCAAGGUGGCGUACACUUCGCUGGCAUCGGAGAAGAACGGACUGGAGGCUGGGCUACAGAAGCUUCUACGUGAGGCUGAGGCGUCUGUGCCCAGUUCUGACACUAAUGAAGACAACAAGGAUGCGAUGAGGGCGUACAACGACACGUUAAUGAAGUUUUGCAAGGAGGUCAAGACCGAGUUGGAUGCUCUUCAGACUCUGCUGGACAAGCUGAACGCGGCUAAAGCUCAUUUUCUGGAGUAUUUCGAGGAAGAAGAUACCGAGGAAGAACUGGACGUGCUGCUCUCGCAUAUUGCGAAUUUUACGAGCGAAUACCGUCGCGAACACAGCAAGUAUCAAGCCAAGAUGAAGAAGGAGAUGAUGAAUCUUUACUCGAAGAUGUCACCAGCCAAGAACCCGGUCAAGGUGGAGCAACCUAAGCAGGAGCCAAAGACUCCGCACGGUAAGAUGCAUCACAGUGCCAAGCAGGGUCAAAAUGGACAUCAUACCCAUGACAAGGCUGCACACCCUCAUCGGACGUCGUUGCCUCCACAGAUCGACCAUCCACAGCCGAUUCGUCAGAUCCACCACGCGCGGGUGCUCCACUUGGAGAUCCCGCAAGACGACGACAUGGACGAUGUUUCGUCCACUGCGUCCAUGUCACCCAAGACCAGUGCCGUCCUGUCUGGACGAAUGUCGUGAGCUGUUCAAGUUGCGUACGUAUUACUUAAGUUCCAGGGUCGCUAUGUAAAUAUUGCCAGACACUUAUCGCUAAGCCAUUAACUAAACCAAUGCAAGUAUUAUGAGGUUGUGAA